AUGGUGAGUUUUAUUUUCUGUUUUACAUUAUUUUAGGGAUGAAUAACAUAAAAUUUGCUGAAGUUUAUGUUUUUCUUUGAUUUCAGAGCUUCCACUUAGUCUCCUCUAGCUCGCCAACGGGUUCACUUCUUCAUCAGAGCUCUGUUCUUGACCAUCAUCAGGAGUGCCGUUCUCAAUUCAUAAUUCACGAUCUUCGAAUUUUCUGGACGUCGCUCAGGAUCAAAGUCUCCUUGGCAUCAGAUGUUCUUGUAAGUUUUUUUUGUUUUUUGCUUCGAUAUUUAGGAAAAAGGGCGAAUCUCGAAGGAAGUGCUCACGAAGGACGGAAAGGUCCGCUGUGCGGAAAGGUCCGCUGCGCGGAAAGGUCCGCUGUGCGGAAAGGUCCGCUAAAAAAAAGAAAAGAGGAGGGCGGGGAGGGGAGGGGGGAGGUUUUCGAAGGCGCUGAUUUCGAAUAUCGUAUCCAUUUUUUCUGAAUCUUACAAUUUUGCUUAGGCAGUAGUGUUAACUAGUAAUUUUUAAAAAAAGACGUAAGUUAUAUUGUACUUGGCGUUUUGAUUUUUAGGUGUGACUAGUCUCGAAAAAAAAUUUUUUUGAAAUGUUUUCGCUUCGAGACUUGAAAAAAAGGAUUUUUUGUGAAAUUUGAAAAAUAAUUUAAAUGUUUUCUCUUCGGGAUUGGGAAAAAAAAAAAUUUUUUGGAAAAUUCAACAAAAUUUUGAAAUCUUUUCGCAUCGGGAAUAGAAAAAAGGCUGUCUGACUGAAUAUUAACUGUGGUGCCGCCAGCACUAAAAUUUUGUCUAAAACCAAUGGUACCACCUGGUACUUUUUAUAGUACCACGUGUUUUUGGGCUUUACUAAGCACCAAACCAUCACCAUUACUGCCUUACGGCCAAAUUUUCACUUCUCACUAAACAGUACCAGUUGGUACUAUAUAGUACCAAGUGUUAAAACGUGUUUUUGGGUUCUACUAAGCACCAAACCAACGCCAUUACCGCCUUACGGCCAAAUUUGCACCUCGUACUAAAUAGUACCAGGUAGUACUAUUUAGUACCAAGUGUUAAAAAUGUGUUUUUUAAGCAGUACUAGGCACAAAAACAACACCAUUAACGUCUAAAAGGGUUAUAAGUCGAAAAAAUUUCAACAAGAAUCCCUAAAGGUAGUAAAGUAACAGAAACCCAGUUUUCAUAUUCAGUCAGUUCAUACUCAGUCAGCUCGAAAAAAAUUCAAAUUUUAUUCAAAUUUCACAAAAAAAUCCUUUUUUCCAAGUCCCGAAGCGAAAACAUUUCAAUUUUCACAACUAAUCCUUUUUUCCAAGUCCCGAAGCGAAAACAUUUCAAAUUUUAUUCAAUUUUCACAAAAAAUCCUUUUUUCCCACCCUCUUCUUUUCCUUUUUUUAGCGGACCAUUCUGCACAGCGGACCUUUCCGUCCAGCGGACCUUUCCGCACAGCGGACCUUUCCGUACUCAAUCGGAAGUGCUGGGACAAAGGGCACAGCUCGGAAACUUUUGUUUUUUUUUUGCCGAGCUGCGUCCACAGUACGUUGCUUCUUUAUGGGUUGUUUUACCCUCUUAUGAGCUUCAUAUUGUUGUAGACGUUUAUUUUAUUAUUUAUUUACAGAUUCCAUCGCAUCGUCACAUCAGCAUAGCCUCUCCUCUUCAACUUUUCGUCACAUAUCGACCAUUUAUGGACCUCAACAGCAACAUACCGAUCACAAAGGACCUCCACCCCCAGCAAAUGCAACUGAAGUUUGGAUAA